AUGCUGAAAUUCCGAGAGGCUGCUAAGUGUGUGAGUGGAUCAGUAGCCGUUUCCACGUGUCCAAAGCCCUUGAUCGCAAGAAGAUACACACUUCAACAGAAACUUGGCAGUGGAACUUUUGGAACCGUCUAUCUAGUGUCAGACAAGAAAGCCAAACAAGGAGAGGAAUUAAAGGUCCUGAAGGAAAUCUCUACUGGAGAACUCAAUCCAAAUGAGACUCUGCAGGCCACCUUGGAGGCCCAGCUCCUUUCCAAGCUGGACCAUCCAGCCAUUGUCAAGUUCCAUGCGAACUUUGUGGAGCAAGAUAAUUUCUGCAUUUUCACAGAGUACUGUGAGGAGAAGUGGAUUCUUAUCUAUAAACUAUAUUUUGUAGAUGAGGAAACGGGACCCCAGAGAGGAGGGUACUUACAUCGAGACUUGAAAUCAAAGAAUAUAUUUCUGAAAAAUAAUCUACUUAAAAUUGUAUUCAUAAAAAUUAAUUAUUAUUUCUUAAUGGGAUCCUGUGAUCUAGCCACCACUUUAACUGGAACUCCCCAUUAUAUGAGUCCAGAGGCUCUGAAACACAAAGGCUAUGACACAAAGUCGGAUAUCUGGUCUCUGGCAUGCAUUUUGUAUGAGAUGUGCUGCAUGAAUCAUGCAUUCACUGGCUCCAAUUUCUUAUCCAUCGUUUUGAAAAUUGUUGAAGGCCACACUCCUUCUCUCCCUGAGAGAUACCCAAGACAGCUGAAUGCCAUCAUGGAAAGUUCAUUUGAACAAUAAUUUUCUUUUUAAACAUUACAGCAUGUUAAUAAGAGUCCUUCAUUGAGAACAUUUGCUAUAGAAAAUUUAAAAAUUCCUUACAUUGCUGAACAACUACAGCACCUGAUGUGCCAAUAUUCGGAAAUGACCCUGGAAGAGAAUUUGAAUUGUCAGAAGGAGGCAGCUUAUAUAAUUAAUGCUGCAGAAAAAAUCCACCUACAGACCCUGUGGACACUGUCUGAGGUACAGAAGAUGACACCAAGAGAGAGGAUGUGGCUGAGGAAGGUCCAGGCAGCUGAUGAGGAGGCCAGGAAGCUAAAAAAGGUUUUGGAAGAAAAAUAUGAAGAAAACAACAAACGAAUGCAAGAACUGAGAUCUCGGAACUUGCAGCAGCUGACUGUGGAUGUGCUCCACGUGAAGCAUUUAAUGGGAAUUGAAGAAAAGGAGGGGCAACCUGAGGGAAGGCUUUCUUGUUAUCCCUGGAGGAGGUUGGAGAGAGGAGGCCAGGCAGAGAGGAGACCAGAAUUUGAUGACCCAGCUUCAGAGGACCUGCCUGAGUCUCAGCCCAUUCCUUCCCUGGAUCUUGGCACACUUGGGUCAAGUGUAGAGGACACCGUAGCUGACCUUGGAGAUCAUGGUAUGGAUUGUAAUCUAAUUUUCCCAGAUGGAUACUGGAAAGAUGAAAAAUGA